GCGACGGCUCGCUCUCGCCCGCGGCGCUCGUCCAGCGCGCGCACCGCAAUGGGGUGAAAGUGCUCGCACUGACUGAUCAUGACACCAUGGCUGGUGUUCCGGAGGCGAUUGAGUCAGCAAAGGAAUUUUGCAUCAGGAUCAUCCCAGCCGUUGAGAUAAGCGCAGUUUAUCGGCCUGGGUAACCCUCUUCCCAAGUUUAUAUGCUUUUCACAUUGAAGUGGUUGAUUCUCAAAAUUGUUUGUUGUUAUGGAAGUAAUGGAUCAGGAGCCGAGGAACCUGUUCAUAUUCUUGCAUACUACGCUAGUUGGGGGCCUGCUAAAUCUCAGGAGCUGGAGAAGGUUCUAUCUAGCAUCAGGGAGGGCCGCUAUACUCGUGCGAAGGAGAUGUUAUUCAAACUUAGGAACCUCGAUAUGCCGCUGAAGUUUGAAGACGUGUGUAAUAUAGCAGGGAAUGGAGUGGCUCCAGGCCGAGUGCAUGUGGCACGUGCCAUGAUUAAAGCUGGAUAUGUUGAUAAUCUUAGGCAAGCUUUUAGCAGAUACCUGUAUGAUGGAGGGCCUGCUUAUGCUACUGGUAGUGAGCCAGCUGGGGAAACUGUUGUGCAACUAAUUUGUAGAACUGGGGGUAUAGCAGUUUUGGCUCACCCAUGGGCAUUGAAAAAUCCUGUUCCUGCUAUAAAGGAUUUGAAAGCGGCUGGUCUGCACGGUAUUGAGGCCUAUCGAAGCGAUGGGAAACUAUCUGGAUUGAGCGAUCUGGCAGAUACUUAUGAGCUUUUGAAGCUCGGUGGUUCAGAUUACCAUGGACGAGAUGACAAGGAAGAACCUGAUAUAGGAAGUGUCGAUCUUCCGGUCUUGGCAUUUUUUAAGUUUCUUGAGGUAGCUCAACCAAUCUGGCGUAAUGCUAUGAUGGAAAAUUUUGCCAACACUAUCGAAAGGAUACCUGACUUGAAUGGCUCAAAAGGAUGUCGACGUACUAGCUCUGGAAACGAUUUUUGUAGUAUGUGCCUUUCUUCUCCAGAAUUGGAAGAAACAUACGAUUCUGAGGUUGAGAUCCUCCAAAUGGUUUUUUCAGACAUUAUCCUCAGUAACAGAAGCUGCAAGACGCAUAUUGAGCAGCGGGCAGAAAUCACCUCCCGUCUCCAUUGACAUAGGCUGGUUCGUGCAGUUUUAGACAUUGACUGCGAGUACAUGAUAUUGGCUGGAGUUCAAUUUAUUCAUAUUCUGGUAAAUUCCAAAUUUUCCAGAGGGCGUGUGGUGAUGUUUUAUA